AUUUAAAAAAAAAAAAAAAGCAGCAGUUGAAUGUAAAAGUUGUUUUUAAAGACGGCCUAAAUUUUUAAAAAAUCUGAAUGAAUGCUUUAGCACGUGUUAAAAUGUGAAAUGCCACCUUCAAAAGCAAAAGCCCAUUUAGCCAGAGCAAGAGCUGCCAAGCUUACAAAGAAACUCCAGAAACAGCAUGAUGGACCAGAAUUUCCAUCAACUGAAAAUCCAGGAACUGACUGCCAGAACGCUGCAUUACCAGUGGUUCCAGUUAUAAGAGAAUCUUCACCUGAGGGGAAGCAAAACCUUGCUGCCUCUUCAACACAGGAAACGCCUGAUGUUGAUGUGCCUGCAGAUGAGGCAGUGUCAUCAUAUGCACUGAUUGACCUCAGCAGCUUAGACAAGAUUGUCAGUGAGUUAAAAUGUAACGCAUGCUGUGAAAAGCUUGCAUUGUCAUGUGAGAGGAGAGCAGGUGCUGUGUUGAUGUUGCAGGUUACUUGCAGUAAAUGUAAUUUGAUACUCUCCAGCACCGCAACAUCCAAAACUCUUAAAGACAGCAAUCACUAUGAUGUUAAUCGACGGCUGGUGACGGCUUUUGAGUACAUAGGUCAAGGGCAUGACGAGAUGGAAGUUUUCUGUGAAGUGAUGGGGAUAGAGCCUAUGCAAAACAAAACUUACGAAUCCCACUUGAAUGCUAUUCGUAGAAAAAAGAAAAAAAGAUGCUUCUACAAAUAAAUACUAUUAAAACAACAAAAAUUUGUAUUAAUUAAUUUUCAGCAUUGUAUACAUUAUUAGCCAAAUUUCUUAUUACAUACCUACAUUUAAAAAAAAAAAUUCCCUAUUUUGUUCAACAAAAGGGAAUUGCCAUUAUUUUAUUUUUUAAUAUUUGUAGUAAAUUUUAAUUUUAAAAAAUAAUGAAUGUAAAGAAGUAAAUGUGUUCUUUAACUUUAUUAUAAAGUCAUUUAGUCUAUUAAUUUCUAUUUAUGACUAUUUAAUUAAUAUUUCAAAAAACAUUGUAAACUGCAAUUGGAAAUUGUCAUUAUAAAUAUUUCUGUUGAGACUUUUGUUUUUAUAUAGCAAAAUAUACCUUUAGAUAAUUGAGAUAAAACAAACCCAAGAUGUUUAUGGUACCUGAUAAAUCUUAGUACUGUUACUAUUACUCUCUAUGACAUGAUUUCACAUUACUUCUUUCUAUAAAUAUUAGGAAAGGUGUUUUAGGUAGUCCAAAUUAAUUAUGCAUUUCACUAGAGCUUUUUUUUAUUCCAAGAUCUAUGGUACCAAUUUUGUCAAAAUAUCUUAACAAAUAACAAACCAACAUAUACAUAUUCUCAUGCAUCUUCAAAAAGUGCCAUUUUAAAGAACCAAUUUUCAUUUUUUACUGAAAUUAUUAACAGCAUAGAUGUCCAGGAAUUUGUGUUUUCUCCAAAGUAUGUAGUAGCUAUGUCAAACUUUUUGUGGCAUCCGAUAAAAAAAAAUAAAUUAACGUGCACAAAGCAAAUAUUAUUGGUCAUUUAUAUUUUCAGCCCAUAAAUAGCAUAGAAUUACAAAAAAUUUAAACAUUAAUAACAAAUUUUGGCCUUGAUAAACAAUACAAAAUAUUACAAUAACAGAUAUUACUUAAAGAUAAAUAUAAGAACAUGCUCUUGGUUAAUUUGUCUUUAUUGUACCUAGAAAAAUUAGGAGAUUACACAGGCACAAAAAUGCCCAUCAUACAAUAUUUUUACAAAAUAGGUUAAAAAUUCAUAAUGAAGAGAUAAAUAUUGCCACAUAACUAUUUUAAAAAAGUAAACCAAUUUAGUCCUGUCAAAAUAUACACAAACAAAAAUAUCAAAAUGAAUUCUCAAGGUCUAUACAACUAAUUGGCAACUUUUCACAGAAGGGUGUACAUUUUCACUAUUAAAAAGGGUAAAUAUGACAAAAAUUAAAUAGACACUCAUUUAAUUAUUAUACAUCAAUACAAAGCAAAGUAAUAUAAUAAUAGAAACCUAAAGUAGAUCCAAUCAAAGGUCAUUUUCUGAUAAAAUAACUUCUUUUAAUAUCAUUGGGAUCUAUGUUCUAUAAUAGUGAAGUGGGAAAUGAAUGUACUGCAAUUUAAUAUGCUAUUGCAGCUGCACUUUUUAAACUGUUUGUAGAUUGUUUUCAAUUUCCAAAAUGGUUUCCUUUUAUAAAUAUUAUUUUUCUAAUGUAAUGUGUUAUCAUAUUGUCAUCAAGUUUGUGUCUUAUUUUGUUGAACAGCGUAACAUGUAAAAAAUGUACAGAGAUGUUCUAAACCCAUCACAAUCUUAAGUUACAGAUGACCUAAAAGGUUUUGAUUUUAAAAUGUAAUUUAUUGCUUUAAAUUAAGGUAAAUAUAAAGUUCUUAAAAGGUUGUCAGUAAUAUAAAAACAUUGUAUGUAAACAUAAUUGAUGACAUGUUAACCAUGGAAUAUAACAAAAAUGAGCAGAAACCUUGCUUUUGGAGUUUGUUGUUAAAAAGGUCAAUAAAUGUGUUUUGUUAAUAAAAUAUUUCAUAUUUUUGUAUAAUGUUUUUUUCAAACCUAACAGUUAAAUUUCUCUAUUGUUGAUAUUCAUAUAAUAAGUAAUGAAUGUUUUAGUAUUUUUACAUUUUUUAGGAAUAAAAUUAUAUGAAUAUAAGUAAACAAAAAUGUAAAUUUUUUGUUUAACAAUAACGAAUCGAUAAAUAAAGUUAUUUGUCAUGUUAUUUAAAGAUUAUUCUUUUAAAAUCCAUCACCUCAUUUUUAUAGAGUUAAAGGUAUUUCAGGGUUAAAUGUUGAAAGUAAAAUUUAAAUGAUGGAAGAUCACUGUAAUUAAUUAUCAGAUAAUAGACAUCCACAUGUGACUAGAUAGGGUUAUGGGUAAAAAAAAAAUAAUCAUUGUAAUUAAAAUACAUUUUUAAUUUAUUUUAAAUCAGUACGCUUGAUUUGUAAUAAAUAUGCAUCAUUUAACAAUGUAAACAUUAUUUAUAGACCUGCCUUAAUUUUGACACUGCUUGUUGAACAAAACAUCUAAAGCCACUUGGGUUGUAUUUUUUUUAAUAAACUGAACACUUGAUGUGUCCCCCUCUAUAAUGAACGACUAGCAAGAACUUAAAAGCAGUGAAUAAAAUUUAAAAACAAAGAUAGAAAUUUUAUACAAUAUGCCACA